AAUACACCUGCUUUUUUUAAGAUCAUCAUAUAAGAACUUGCGAAUUCGUCGCCAUAAUAUUUGCCCUGGUAACCUGAAGAAUAAAUCUGUGGCAACCACAGACCAUAUAGUAAAUACCUUGGAAUAUCCCGAGCCAAGGUCGCACAUUCCUUAAUGCUGCGCAACCUUCAUAAACUUACAACUUUUGAAAUCCACCCGGCACCAUCAUUCGAGCUAUGUUUCGGAUGGGUAAUAUGGGGAGGGGCUGUAAGGGAAGGCAGCGGAAGGAUACGGCAUUCUUUGGUGAUGCCAAAGCAUCAGAGGAGCAGGGCGGGCUACCGAGCUACCGCCGUGUAUGGCACAUUUAUGGCAAUGCCAAUGGCACUUUACCUGUGCCACCAACAUCAUUACUAUUGCCAUCAUCAUCGCUUUCAGCGGAAGCCAACAAUGUAAGGAGCCGUGGCCAUGACUCUACUCUUCAGUUGGGGCGAAAUUUAAUACAUUUGGAUUUAAAAGUCAAGACAUGCGGCGUUGCCAGGGAUUGGGGCUUGAAAGGGAAAGGUGGGGUAUUGGAGUGGGAAGUGUGACCCAGGCACACAACAAAUUGCGACCUACACGUUGUAUUCUACUUUGCAUAAAUUACAAAAGCACAACUCACUGAAAAACAAACUCCCAACACACCCGCAAAAUCCCCAUUCCGUUCCGUCCCGGCAACGUGCAACAUUUUUAUCAAUUAGUUUAAUCUUCUGUUCCGAGGGGAGAAAAGUCAGUCCCCCCAUUCUUCUCUUAUCACAGCAACAAACAGUUGACAGAAGUUUUCUUUCGCUGUAUCUUCUUUUUUUUUUUGGGAGAGCUGACACCAGGAAUCGUUAAAAUUGAUUUUGAUUUCGCAGAAGAGCGUUUCCAAUCUCGCCGCAGACAGUGAAAACUUCAGACAGUGGCAAAUCAGGCAAAUUAUAUUAAUUUCCCACAUUGUCAAAUCCCAUUCGCAUGACAAAAAAAUCUCCGAUUGAGUUCGUUCCCAACUGGGAGACACACACAAAGAAUUACGCAGAAAAUCGAUUAUUUUAAAGCAGAGAAAAUGGGAAAUGGGCAAAGGACACCCGGUUCUGGUCCUCCGGUUAUGUUUGGGCAGAACUUUUGGCAAACGGCAGAGACAACUGCCCAAACAAAUGGUCGGAAAAAAGAUUACUUGAGUGAGGACAAAUGCACAAACUCAAAUUAUAGAGGAGGCACAACUACAAAAAGAAAGUUUCCAAAUUUGAUUAGAGAAAUUGUAAUGCUCUGAAAAAUGCAGAUAGCUUGAAUAUUUUAAGGGAUAUCCUUAUAUUAUCCUAAACUUAUAUAA